GCUCUGUGCCCUGUCCCGCUCGGGCUGCUCUGCCGCAGGGAAUGCGGAACUGCGGAGCUGGCGGGGGGCGGCCCUGUUUGAGCAAGGAUCUGGGGCUAUAACUUUUUUUUUUCUUCUGUUUCAAGGCUGCAGUGCAGACGAAUAUGAUUGGCAUCUACAGCCCCCUCUUCACUCUCAGCUCGAGCCUUUAGAGUGGAGAAGGAGCUGAGCUGCCAAGGGGAGAGCUGUUUUUUCUUUGGGUUUACUGGGGGGAUGGCUCAGCUGUGGAUUUAUGCUGCUUCUGCCCAGGAUUUUUCUCUCUGAAUGGGAGCAAGGAUUGUGGAAACCAUGUUGGGAAGAGGUUUAUUUUCAGAAUCCGUCAUGAAACUUUGCAACUAAAUCACUGUUUUUAGCUCCUUUUUGUAUUUUUUUUUCCUCCCCUUUUUUCUUCUUCUUUUCUCCAAUGUCCCUCUGUGCUGCUGGGUUGUGGGCCAGAGGAGGCUGUUUCUAUAUGGCCAGCCAUUUGGGGAUAUGCUGCCAGCCAGGGUUGUUUGCUGAUUCGUUUGGCUCUGGCAACAAGUUGGCCUGUCGUGAAUCGGAUGGACGGAGGUCGCUCUCGAGGAGCCAUGGCUGGAAGCUGGCUUACAGCUUGCUUUUUCCCUUCCCCAGGUGCUGAUGCUAGCUCUGAACCCAUGAUCCUGGAGCAAUAUGUGGUGGUGUCCAACUAUGAGAAGCAGGAGAACUCUGAGAUCAGCCUCCAGGCUGGAGAGGUCGUGGAUGUCAUAGAGAAAAACGAAAGCGGUUGGUGGUUUGUGAGCACAGCAGAGGAGCAGGGCUGGGUCCCUGCUACAUACCUGGAAUCCCAAAAUGGAACCAGAGAUGACUCUGACAUCAACACAUCCAAACUUGGGGAAGUUUCUAAGCGACGCAAGGCUCACCUGAGACGCCUGGACCGGCGAUGGACGCUGGGCGGGAUAGUCAACAGGCAGCAGAGUCGAGAAGAGAAAUAUGUCACUAUCCAGCCGUACGUCAGCCAGGGGAAGGACGAGAUUGGGUUUGAAAAAGGGGUCACCGUGGAGGUCAUCCAGAAGAACCUGGAAGGAUGGUGGUACAUAAGGUAUCUAGGCAAAGAGGGCUGGGCCCCAGCUUCGUAUCUGAAGAAGGCUAAAGAUGAUCUUCCAUCUAGGAAAAAGAACUUAACUGGGCCAGUGGAAAUCAUAGGAAACAUCAUGGAGAUCAGUAACCUGCUGAACAAGAAAUCAUCCACCGACAAGGAAACUCAAGCAGAAAACGAGACUGCAGAAACCCAUAUCACCAAGAAGGAAAUCAGUUUGCCCAUCCUGUGCAAUGACUCUAAUGGCAAUGCCAUGAUGACCCCAGACAAACAGGCUUCCAAACUGGCCCAGGGAUCCCCAGCCAUAGCAAGGAUAGCACCACAAAGAGCACAAAUAAGUUCUCCAAAUCUAAGAACAAGGCCACCACCACGAAGAGAAUCCAGUCUGGGCUUUCAGUUGCCCAAACCACCAGAGCCACCCUCCGUGGAAGUGGAAUACUACACCAUUGCAGAGUUCCAGUCAUGUAUCUCUGAUGGCAUAAGCUUUCGUGGAGGACAAAAAGCAGAGGUUAUAGAAAAGAAUUCUGGUGGCUGGUGGUACGUGCAGAUUGGAGAGAAGGAAGGAUGGGCUCCAGCCUCUUAUAUUGACAAGAGGAAGAAGCCAAAUUUAAACAGAAGAACCAGUACUUUAACCCGCCCAAAAGUUCCUCCCCCAGCACCUCCCAGUAAACCAAAAGACCCUGAAGAAGGAGCAAUUCCUGGAACAGUUUCUUCAGGAGAUAGCCAGGACUCUCCCCACAAGCUGAAAUACGAAGAACCUGAGUAUGAUGUGCCUGCCUUUGGCUUUGACUCAGAGUGUGAAGUGAGUGAAAGUCAUCGUGAAGAGAGCACUCCUGAAAAACGACUGUUUCAGCCUCUGAAGCCCUCUCCUGUGUCAUCGCUUCAGAAAGCAAAGUUCAAAGUAGGAGAGUCUUCAGAAGAUGUUGCUCAUGAAGAAGAGACCAUCUAUGAGAAUGAGGGAUUCAGGCGUUAUGUGGAAGAUGCUUUGUCCAAUAAGGAAUCUAGUGGAGACUCUGAUUCUCAGAAAAGCGCCUCUCUCUCCUUGAUCCGAAGGAAUUCUCCAUGUUCCAGCUCUCCUAAAUCAUCACUCAUGAAGCUCAGGAUGGAUAAAAACAUCCAGCCUGAUCUUGGAAAAUGUCACUAUUCCAAGAGUGAGGAGACAAAACCAAGGUCAGCUUCAGAUGUUGGCUUACGUAGCAUGCCAAGAACAGGCAUGAAGAAAGAGCCUGGGCAGAGUCCUUCCAUUAGAGCAAAGCCAAUUGUUAGGCCCAAACCCUUUCUGAACAAGGCAGAGUCUCAGAGCCAAGAAAAGAUGGAUAUCAGCACUUUAAGGCGUCAGCUUAGGCCAACUGGGCAACUCAGAGGUGGACUUAAAGGUUCAAGAAGUGAAGAGUCUGAAAGCCCCCCACACACAGCUUCUGAGAACCAAGAUGAUCCUGUUAGGAGGGGUUCGGCUGAUCUCAUUACAGCUCCUUCCCGUGGCAUUUUGUGCUCUACCCAUCCAGCCAAAACUGAGCAAGAAAAUUACUCCAGAUGUUUCUAUGUGACCACUGAGUCAUAUCAAAAGGUACAGGAUUCUGAAAUUUGCUUCCCAGCAGGAGUAGAAGUGGAAGUACUGGAAAAACAAGCCAGCGGAUGGUGGUACCUGAAAUACGGAGACAUGGAAGGCUGGGCUCCUUCCCAUUAUUUGGCUCUCCCUGAUAACCAGAGAGAAACCACUUCAGAAGAGACUGAUGCCUCAUUUGCCAGGAACAGGAAAAAUGAAAACAAAUCAAACAGUUUAGAAAAGAUAGAGAAGAGGGUUCAGGCUUUGAACACCAUAAACCAGAGCAAACGUGCAACACCACCCAUCCCAAGCAAACCUCCUGGUGGUUUUUCAAAACCAUCAGGGCCUGUCAAAAUGAGGAACGGUGUGAGGCAACUGGCUGUCCGGCCACAGUCAGUGUUUGUGUCUCCACCACCAAAGGAUAAUAACCUGUCAUGCUCCUUGCGCCGAAAUGAAUCUUUAACAGCUACAGAUCAUCUUAGGGCCGUCCGUCGGAAUUCUUCCUUCAGCAAUGCGUGGUCACAGCCUGGUGACAUGAAGGGAAAGCAGCCUGAGCGAUCGGGUACAGAGGGCUCGGAGACCACUUCCAACCUCCCUACCCAGAGGAAUGGGAUUCCUGUGUCCACAGUCAGGCCAAAGCCCAUUGAGAAGUCCCAGUUCAUCCACAACAAUCUCAAGGACAUCUAUGUCUCCAUUGCAGACUACGAAGGGGAUGAGGAGACUGCAGGGUUUCAGGAAGGUGUCUGCAUGGAGGUCCUGGAAAGGAACCCAAAUGGCUGGUGGUACUGCCAGAUCAUGAGUGGUGUGAAGCCAUUCAAAGGCUGGGUGCCCUCAAAUUACUUGGAGAAAAAGAACUAAUAUUGCAAUAUCUUUAACCUCCCUAAUUUAUACUGUUCCUGCUGUGUACAUGUGGAAAAAAAAAAAAAAAAAACAAUUGCUACACAAAAACAACACGUUUCCCUGUGCUCCAGUUUGUACAAAGGGACAAAGGAGUCUAUGCUGAGGACAAAUCUGCCGUGUUCUGGAGAGGUUUGUGGGGUUAACAUGUCAUAAGAAACUUUGAGGAAGAUGCAGCAUAGUCAAUGCCUUUUUGUGAAGUUGUUAAUAAUCUUGUGUGUGUAACAGGGUAUAACAUCCCAUCUUUCCCGUUAUUGAUAGGAAACCCAAUGUGUGCCUUUUGUAAGAGAGAAAGAAAUACACAUGCAUCUACUUGGGGAGUUACGUGCCAAACUCUGUUUUACAAUCUUGGCUCCCUUUCUCCUCAUUCUUGUCCAUAGGUGGAAUACCCAAGAGUUUUGGAUGCGUUUUCACAACUUACAGUAAAAAGCGAAUGGAAGUUUCUGAAACACAGAGGGACUCUAAUACUUUGGAGAUGUUAACUUUUUUUUUUAACUGUUCUCAACCAUUGGUUGGUGCAGAGUUGGAGCCUUUUCAUUGUGGAGAGAUUUGGUCUCUGACUCCAGCUGCGUUUUUUUUGUUACUGCUAACUCAUUGGAAAAGGCAAUCAGGUGGUGUUGGUUGAGGGCUUUUUGUUUCCUUUUUUUUCUGUCUUGUUCUUAAAGUCGGGAUUUCAGGUGUUCUGGGGCAGCGAUGCCUACUGGUGCUUGUAAAAACAAACCUACAAACCCCAUGUUUAAGCACAUUGAUUACUUUGUAGGUUCCAUAUUUAAUUCUGUGCCUGACCACUGCCAGGUGAUCCUGGUUGAUUCUCUUCCCAGAGCUGGGUUUCUGAGCUGUUCAUAGCAUCAAAAUGUACAAAAGUCCCUUAAGACACUAAAGACAAAGCUGUCAAAUGUGUUACUUCUGGUUUUGUGAUCUGGUCUGAAUCCAAGCGUGCUGACUGCUGGCAGGGCCCACCAAGGUAUUAGUUAGAAAUAGCUGUAACCUUCUGCAACAUCAGUGUUUACAAUGAGGGGGGGAAAAAAAGCCAUCGAACUCAGUCUGCACGUGCUUUAUUUGUAUAUUUUUGGGGAAUUGUUUUCUGUGUUUUGUGUUUGUCUUUUCUGUGCAUUCUGGGUUUACUUUAUUUUUUGGUCUUCUUUACCAGAAGAGACUUAGAACUGAAGUAGGAGCCAAAUAUAUGUUUCUGUUCCCACUUGAAUCCAAAAAGUACAUUUGUACUGGAAAGUGUGCCUGGGCUUCCCAGGCUCGAAGGUUUAAUAUUGAAGCAAUUAGGUCUACAGUGCAUCUAACCAGGAGGCUGCCUCUUCUAGUUCCAUUUCUGUUUACCUUUCUUAACUCACGCUUUGAAACGUGACACAUGGCGGGGGUAUAGUGGUGGGAAGUGGAAGAAGCAUCCAUUGGUAAAGGCCAGGAAUAUGGAGUUAUUCAUGAGGCAGCCAACUCUUAUACUGUAAACAUCAUUGGCUAAAUCCCUACUGUACUUGAGGAAGUCAUGCCUUUUUUUUUUAAAUGGCCUUGUUAAUCACUCAAGAUAAAUAUCUAGUUCCUUUAAGUAAUAGGCAGCAUUGUAAAUCUGUUUUAAGGGGCACAGGGCAGACCAUUUCACUACUGGUUUACACAAAAUUAUACAUGCCUUUUUAUCUACCCAAGUUUCAUACUGAUUUGGCUUGAAAGGCAAAGGUUCUAAAGACUUUUAAAAGAGCUGGGAUCAAGGGGCUGAGUAAAAGACGACAAUAACAUCGUGUGUUACUGGGGAUGUUUCUCUGCCAAAAAAAAAUUACACAAUUUA